UUCUGAUGUUGCUACACUGUUUAUUGAUUCUCUGGUCUGGCAUGUGAUGGUCCGAUACAUAUGAUAACCUAUUUGUGAGAAACAGACCCGACACUAAUACUGCCACUCAGCGUGCACUUCACCGCACAGAGCUCACCCUUCAUCAUUCUGACUAAGAGGCUUAGGUUUGGUUGUAUUGCCAAUUUGUACAAAAAACAUACAAAUCUCUUCUUUCUGAGAAAAGAUUUUUGAAGGCCUGAGCCUUGCAUUCAAUGCCAAACUAAUGCUGUUUUUGGUUUUUCAUAUGCUUCCUUGAUAGCCCAAGAGAGAGAGAUAAACUAUGCGUCUGUUGUGAUAAUGGAACGUAAUAAGAGAGUCAAGAAGGCAAAACAGAAACAUCAUGUGUCCAACAACGUGGAGGAGACACAGUACCACACAGUGGACGACCUGGAAAAGUUUGACGUGCAGAUCCGGCCAGCCAGACCCCCUCUUUCUGAAACUGAAUACGCAGACAGGGACAUUCGAAGACCUUUGACUGUUAAGAGUCUAUACCCAGAAUCUGCAGACAGCCAUCUCAUUCAUACUAGAUUUGCCAAUAAAGAACAAGCUCAUCGUCCAGGACCUGCUGUCAACCGAUACUUAAAGCCAGGCAGAGGAAGGACUCCAUUGGAUGGGAAAAUACAGGUUGUGAAGACAAAAGACCAGAACAUUGAACUCUCCAAAAGGUCUCCUAGGCCCUUGUCCAGUGACCUCAUGCACCUGCUGUCUGAAAUGGAACUUAACAACCCCUGCAUGAGGAAAACAAACAUAGGAAUUAAAAAUCAAGUAUGUGAAACUUCAUCAGACCUACAGUCUACAGAGAGUGAAACAAGUAACUACACCCAUAGAUAUUCUUUGGACCUUGAAUUUCAACAACACCCUGACAUGAGGUUACAAGAAAGACGCAGAAUUCCAGAGAGUACCUCAGGAAGGCGCCAAAACCAUGAAUGGCCUCCCUUAAAAGGUGACCUUGAACAGCAUGACUUUGUUUCCAAGGAAAAGCCCACUCUGACGGACGAAAAAGACUGGUACAUAGGAGCCUGUGAACGAUCAGAAGCAGAGCAUUCCCUACACCUAGUGAACAGGGAUGGUGCGUUUUUGGUGCGGAAUUGCUCUAAGAACUCUCAGAGCGAGCCCUAUGUCCUGGUUGUGUUCCAUGAAAAGAGAGUUUACAAUGUGAAAAUUCGGUUCAUUGCUAGCACCUGCAAAUAUGCCCUGGGGACUGGCCAACGGUCAAAUGAUAUGUUCGAUUCUGUGGCAGACAUCAUCAAAUUCCACUCCAUAUUUCCUGUUUCCUUGAUCGAUGGGAGAACUGUGUCAACUAACACAUUUCAGAGGAACUGUGUGUUGAUGUACCCAAUUACAAAAGAGGAUUUGAGCCAACUCUUGAAAUGAAAUAUGGCUACAUAACGACUAAGAGAAAAAGGCUUCAGAUUAAUUAUUGUAACAGUUACAUUUGGGGCAGGCAGGUGUGGGGGGGUCAUUGCUUUUAUGAGAAUGUUUCGGAACAAUUAAAACUAGAUUAAUACUGUUUGUUUUAAGAAAAUUAUGUAAUUGCAGAAGGUUUGCAGUG